AAGAAAGACGGCAAAAAAAAAAAACAGACAAAGAGAAAGAAAGUGAAAUCCUUUACCUUCCCUUACUUUUUCCCAAACCAAACACCACUGUAAAACUUUGAAACCGGGGUUCAUUUCAGACAUAACUUUUGCGGCUCUAAUUAUAUUUUCAACCAAAAUUCUCAGGAAAUGGGUUUGUGGAUGCUGCUGGAGGGCUGUCUACUACUUGCAAAUGCACUGGCAAUAUUAAACGAGGACCGCUUCCUUGCACCUAGAGGAUGGAGCUUCCAGGAAUUCUCAGGGGUCAGGAGAAAUUCAUUCAAGGGGCAGAUUAUCGGUCUCAUAUAUGCAACUCAGUACUUGAGAGUUCUUCUCAUAAUCCUAAAUGCCCUUUGUAUCAUUGUAAAGCUGGUGUCUGGGUGAUAUCGCCUGAGUAUGUCAAAGUUCGAGGACUAUUACAACAUCUUCUUUGACUACUGUUCAAUGUUGUACUUCUUCCAUUGUCUUAUUCUUCUUCUACUACUACUACUUGGAUGUGUCUAUGGAGCUUAGUGUGGAUUAGAAGAAUGUUUUAGUUACAGUUUUUUGGAAAUUCACAAGCAAUUGAUAUAAAGCAUUUUCUAGGGCAAGGAUAGGUCAUCUUUGAAGAGGUUUCUAUUUUUUCCUUGUGGAAUACAUCUGGUUUCUGGAUUAUUGUCAAUUUAAAAACUGUGGCUUUAAGUGCCAGCAGAAUUUUAUUACUAAUGAUUCCUAUCCCUUCAAGUUGAUUUUUCAUAAGUAU